UGUUCCUCGGAUUAAAAUGAUAUUAAACCGACACACGUCACGUUGGCAGCUAUCACGCGCCAGAUUUAAAAUUUCCAGUGUCCAAGUCAAAAUUAUGGGUACGCGCGACCACCAAGAGUUCAAAAACGCCCUCCGUGACAUUGCCCAACAUGCACACAAGUUAGACAGUCCUUUCGAUCGUGUCCGAUGCGCUGAAUGGGUUCGCAAAUUGACGAGUCUCCCUGAUGACAACCUCGAGGCUGCUAAAAUCCGCAAUGAAUACGCCCAGUUUUUGCGGAUUCAAGUUUGCAACGGUUUUCUGCAUAUGCCGUUCCUCACCAAGCCCCCGGUCAACCAUCUGAUCUCCCUCAGUGAGCGACUGGGUGACUUGAUGUCGAAACAAAUCCCAGAUUUGCCCAAAGCUGGGCCCAUCGCACCCAUUAUCCACCAUCGGAGCCCUGAUGGACGCGCCUAUGUGGCCGCCAAGCAAAUUCCUGGUGGGGUUUUAUGCUAUUUGGCUGUGAGCCCGGACGGGUUGGCUUAAUACAGUUAUUGAACAAAAAAUAAUUACAAGAAAUACUGUACAAUUAUAGAUUUUCUAGC